CAGCUUGGCGAUGCGCGCCGCCAGUAACCCAGUCAAACUACCGUUGGAUGAAACGAAAAUCCCUAAAACUGCUUGGGUAAUAGUAAAGAAAAAAUAUUCUCGGAUUAAUAUUUGACACGCUUUGACUCGCUUAAUCCGAAUCACUCGAGGCCAGUAGAGUACAUCGCCAGCUGAAAGUGUGAUAUAUAACUUAAACAGGUUUCUAAAGUGCGCUAUAUAGUAUAUAUUUUGACUUGUGACAUUGCAAAAAUAACGUUUUAGUGCAAUGACGCUGCCUCUUCUAGAAGCACAAUGUGCCGCACAGAGCAUUGGACCCUUCAACUCCAUGGUCAGCGCGCUAUUGCAGGCGCUGCUCGCUGCACAAUGUGCCAUCUCGCCACCGGAGUUGUGGCCACCAGAUUAUGCAAAUGCUUUGCUGGGACGCGCUGCGCCAGAUAAGUAUGAUUUUGUGGUGGUUGGCGCUGGUUCGGCGGGUUCCGUGAUAGCCAGUCGGCUGAGCGAGAAUCCGAAUUGGAAAGUGUUGGUGCUAGAGGCGGGCGGUGAUCCGCCACAAGAAUCUGAGGUGCCGGGAGUUUUAUUCUCUUUGGAGCAUACAAAUGUUACGUGGAAUUAUUUGACUGAGCAUAGCGAUAAGGCCUGUCAGGGUUUUGUUGAACGACGUUGCUAUUGGCCGCGCGGUAAGAUGAUUGGCGGUUCUGGUGGUGUUAAUGGCAUGCUUUACGUGCGUGGUCAUCGCGGUGAUUACGACAACUGGGCGCGCGCUGGUAAUGAAGGUUGGAGUUGGAGCGAUGUGUUGCCGUAUUUUGAGCGCUCCGUGCAUCCAGUUGGUAAUGAAACUCAACCGCAGGGCUAUGUAACACUUAGUGCGUUUCCAGUGAAUGAUCCGGAUAUAGAACAAAUGAUCUAUGCAGGCACCGCAGAGUUGGGCAUACCACGUGUGCAUCUAUUCACCGAAGGCAGUGAGAUCGGCUAUUCCAAUUUACCGGGUACAAUAAGGAAUGGACGUCGCAUGAGCCCCAGCAAGGGACAUCUGGCGAAUGUUGCUAAGCGACCCAACUUGCAAGUGAUUAAGAAUGCACAAGUGACUAAACUGAAUUUCGAUGAAAGUGGCAAGAAUGUACGUUCAGUGAGCUUCAUUCUGCGAAAUGAAAGAAAAAUGCGUGUGAGUGUUGGCAGAGAGCUGGUGCUGUCGGCGGGUGCAAUUGAGUCGCCAAAGUUACUCAUGUUGUCUGGGGUUGGAUCGGCAGCGCAUUUAAAGAAAAUGCAAAUACCAACGUUACAUGACUUGCCUGUCGGUGACAAUCUGAAUGAUCACGUGCAGUUUGUGACUUUUUUAAAACUAAACGAAGGUGUGGCAUAUAAACUUACGCCACAAGAUGGCUUCGAUAAUACUUACAACUACCUCAUGCAUCGUAGGGGACCUCUAAUAUCACACGGGGUCGCUUCGUUAACGGGUUUCAUCAAUACGCUUAAGAAUAGUCCCUAUCCGGAUGUGGAAUUUCAUCAUUUCAUUUUGCGUCGCGGCGAUUUCGCUGGUCUACAAAUAUUUCUACGCGGUCUGAACAUUAACGAUUACUUUAGGGCACAAAUACGCAGCGUGCUUGAGAAUGCCGACAUUCUGGGCAUGUUUAAUAUACUCGCUACACCGAAAUCCACAGGACAUAUACGCCUGCGCAGCGCCGAUUACCGCGAUCCACCCAUAUUAACACACAACUACUUCAGUGAACCAGAAGAUAUGGCAACCCUGAUGCGCGCCAUACGCUUCCAAGAGCAGCUACUGCAGACCGCAGCCUACAGAGCCAUGAAUGCCAGUCUAAUACAUCCUAUAAUCGAGGAGUGCGCUGAUUUUGAAACGCAGAGCGAUGACUAUUGGCGUUGUUACAUCAAAUAUUUCUCUUGCACCACCUACCAUCAGUCGGGCACGGUGAAAAUGGCGCCCGAAACCGAUGAAACCAGUUGUGUGAAUCCACGCCUACGUUUACGCGGUAUGGAUAAUGUGCGUGUGGUCGACGCGAGCAUAAUGCCCCGGGUGCCCAGCGCAAAUACAAAUGCGGCUACUGUUAUGAUUGCCGAAAAGGCAGCCGAUCUCAUACGAGAGGAUUGGCAAGACGAAUGUGAAUGCAUGCACUGAGACUCAAUUUAACGAAGAAAUAAAAAAACGAGGCUCAAUGCCAUUACAAAUUAGUUGAGUUUAAAAUCAUUUUUAAGAAGAAGAAGUAUCGAUAUCGGGUCUUACAAAUAAAUGACGUAAUGAAAGUUCCA